GGGGUGAGGAAGGUUGAUUCCUGUUUGUGAGUAUCUAUGGGUGGACUUUGGACAUCAGUCUAGCGGCUUCUAAAGUUGACGGAACUCUGUAAGCGGUUAUCAGUACCGUAAGCACGUAUAAACAUCACCCCGACUUCGAGCGACAUGACUUCGAGGCUGGCUAUUGAACUGACAAGACUGUAUAGGCAUUGAGGCACAAGUAAGCACUUGAGCAAGCCUCGAGCACGUAGAACAUGGGAUCAUAGAUACGAGCGAAAUGGUAGUGAUUUUUGAUCCCGAGCCGGUGGUUGUCAUUGGUGUUCUUUAUGGUCAUAAUGCCGCGUUAUAUACUAAGUGGUCUAAUCCCGAGCCGAUGGCUCUCAUUGGCAUUUUAAAUGGUCGGGUUGCCGCGCUAUGUUCGAAGCUAUGUAAUCCCGAGCUAUUCACCUUGAUAGAAUGAUAUUGAAAGAAACCUUGUAAACGCGAUUUAAUGUGUUCUAGAUUCAGGUUCGGAACGGAUUGGGUAAUUGAUUGUUGGCGUGAAGGAAACUCCAAACCUUCCAACUACUGCCCCCGCAAAGGAAAACCUCUAGAGGUAAAUGUCUGGUCCCGAGCUUGUUCUCUUGAUUGGAAGACACUUGAAGUACCUUGUAAACAGGACCUGAUGAUUUCAGGCAACAGCUCUGGAGGCGCGGGAGAUUGAUCAUUGGUGUACAGCACAAUGCGAACCAUCAACAACCCUUCUGCAAAGCUAUACUGCUAGAGGGAGCUGUCUUCGUGGAAGCAGUCACUUGUAUUCCUCAGACUCGAAUCAUUCCAACUUCACUCUUACCCUACCACACACACUUUAUCUCAAUCAACUCUCGACCUAUCGUCAUCAGCAAACAUGCUAUUCACCAACACCAUUGCCGUUGCUAUUCUAGCUGCCAGCAGCCUUGCAAUUCCUCUCAACACAAUUGUUGCGAAAACGGUUCAGAUGUUACCCCGUGCAGAGUACUGGGCUAUGGCUCGCAAGGUGCGCGAUAGCAGCUUCAAGAAGCGUGCAGAGUACUGGGCCAUGGCCCCCAAGUUGCGCGAUAGCAGCUUCAAGAAGCGUGCUGAACUCGAUUCACAAUGCGAGCAAGCCCCGGAGGGCAUUUACUGUACCUAUACUGCCGCUGAUAUUGAAGCUUUUGGGACUGGCUUCAAGUUGGAUAUUGGAUGUGUCACUGAUGGUACCGAAAUCUCCUGCUUCUAUCCUGGCGCCACUUUUGCCGAGGAGUAAGUGGAUGACAGAGAUGUACUAAUGCCAGUACACGGUAUGGCUUCAAAAUACAUCAUCAGACCACGUCCCAACUCUGUUGAGGGAGCUGUGCAUUCUGGCAUUGUUCUGUACUCUCCAGACAUUCAUUCGCUUUUUUAACAGCUAUUUACUCAAAUGCCAUAGUUUUUCCUUAUUUUUACUGAGAUACCAUACUUUUGACUCCACUUCUUACUCAGACACCAUAAAUUUUGCCUGUGCAGUUCGCUUUAGAACCUCGGUAUUUUAUAAGGGUCUCGCUCUAAAACCUUAAUAGUCUGUACAGGAAUCAUCACUUUCUUUUUAUCCUACUUGAAUUGUGUCGCACCCAAUAAAGGAGGUAGUAGGCAGUAGGUAAGGGGGAGAGGGGAGAUUGGGACGAGGGGGUGGUGUCGGCGUUUGUAGUAGGGAUAUCGACG